UUGGGCAAAGGUUGGUUGUUUCUUAGCAAAAUUAUUUUGAAACAAUGAAAUAAUUCAGAUUUGAUCAUGAAGCCGAUUUUGAAAAAUGAACAGGACGAUGACGAUUGUCAAAUCAUCGGAGAAGUGAAUGUGUCGCAAAUAUCGAAAAGGAAAAUUGAUGGAACAUCGAAUUCGAACCCGGAAAAGGUUAAGCGAAUGAGAGGAAAUGAGGCUAAGGAUGGCGAAGGUUCGAGUAGCAGCCAGGUGACACAUUAUAUCGAAGGACUGGAGAAGGAAGUCUCCGCCGAACUCAAAACUGCUGAAUUACCAUCGUGGUUCAAACUCGGAAUGUGGUGAGUUUUUUGAUGACGGAAAUGUUUGAAAAAUAUCGAUUUUUCAUUUCAGGAGAUUAAUUGAGGACAAUCAAAGAAUUCGCCAGAAGAUUCGCGAAGUUUUGGCGAAGAAGAACAAGAAGUCUGGCUAA